CAAAUAAUUUGAGUUCAUUGUAACAAUGGUCCUGCGUACAGAGACGCCCCCAGCAGUCACGUGUGUUGACAAAGAGUUGAAUGGAUAUGUUGGGUUUGCCAACCUCCCAAAUCAGGUUUUCAGGAAAUCUGUCAAACGAGGAUUUGAGUUCACUCUCAUGGUAGUAGGAGCUACUGGUUUGGGUAAAAGCACACUUAUCAACUCCCUCUUUCUCUCAAGUAUCUACGAGGAUGAGAAGUAUCCAGUCGCUGGAACACCCAACAAAACUGUUAAGGUGCAGAACUCGACAGUAUAUCUUGUCGAAGGAGGCGUCAGUCUGAAGUUAACGCUGGUUGAUACCCCUGGCUUCGGUGAUGCUAUCAAUAACACUAAAUGCUGGAAGCCUAUCCUGGAGUACAUAGACAGUAAAUAUGAGGAGUACCUGAACGCAGAGGGGCAUGUUAACAGAUCUACCGUGGUGGACAACAGGGUUCACUGCUGUCUCUACUUCAUCUCCCCCGGACACGGAUUGAAGCCGCUGGACAUCGAGUUCAUGAAACAGCUUCACGAGAAGGUAAACAUCGUACCAGUAAUCGGCAAAGCAGACACCCUCACUCCUGAGGAAUGCGUGGAAUUCAAAGCUAACGUAAUGAAAGAAAUAGAGUUCCACGAUAUAAAGAUCUACCAGUUCCCUAUCGACGAAUUUGAUGAGGAAGAGGAGGCUCAGGAUCUGCAGGCUCAGCUACCGUUCGCCGUGGUGGGCAGCAACACGAUGCUCGAUAUCAACGGAAAAAAAUUGAGAGGACGGAUGUAUCCAUGGGGUAUCGCCGAGGUGGAAAAUCCUGAUCAUUGCGACUUUAUCUUCUUGAGGAAUCUGUUGAUAAGGACUCAUAUGCAGGACUUGAAGGAUGUAACGAAUAAUGUAUUGUAUGAGAACUUUAGGUGUAAUAAGUUGGCAGCAGUAACGUCAGUGUCUUUGGAUAGCAAACUUGCUUCUUCCAACAGAAACCCACUAGCACAGUUCGAAAUAGAAAAGAAAGAACACCAAGAGCGUUUGAAGAACAUGAAGGCUGGCAUGGAAAAGGUGAUGGAGGAAAAAGUUAAGGAGAAAAUGACCAAAAUGGAUGAACAGAAAAAUGAGCUGAAGGUAAAACACGACCAAGCUCUCAAGCACUUGGAGAAAAUGAAGAAGGAGAUCGAAGCAAAACGAACCGAACUGAAAGACGCCCAGAAAGCCUUUGACGAACUGCAAUUGUCCAGCGGUGUGACCGUCAACAAUUCGACUUCCUCGCUCAACAGCACUAAGGACAAGAUCUCAGGAAAGAAGAACAAGAGCACUAAGAAACUGUUCUGAGAAAAAAAAUCCUGAUUUAGGGCAUAGGAUCAUCCCCCGAUAUUUCAACCAUAUCUAUCGACUCCUGCAUGCUUUGAUACAUAAUACACUAUUAGGAAAUUAAACAGCCUUAUGAACGUAGGUAACUAUUACCUGCAAACUGUUUUUUGAUUUCGAAAAGCAAUGUUUUUACGAUAUUAAUGAACAAACAUAUACGAUUUCUAGCUAUAUAUUUUAGUUAUUAUUUUUUCAUGCACGAAACUGCCCUGCAAAGAAAUGUAUAACUUGUAAUUGUGUAUUGAUAUUGUGGUGCAGCCAACAAGCGGAAUUGACGCUCGAUAGAGAGAGAAGCGUAACUUUAUAGCUGUGACUGUUUUGUAAUUGAUAAACUUUAAACACGCCCAUAUUACUGGAACAAUCAAUAUUAUUCGAAUUUGAGUUAAUUAAAUGAUAAACUGAUUUAACAGCGGUAUAAAUUUUAUACACCAUAUUUGUCAUUUAUUUCUAAAUUGCUAGCGAAAUUAAUUUCGAUGGUAAUUAUUCUGAGAGCUAGAGUGCUAUUGUAGAGCCAGGACUCUGACAAACGAACGGACUGAAAAACUGUAAUAUAAUGUUCGUUAAAGUUAAUGAGAUUUAUUGUCUAGCUGGUUGGAAUUCACGCUGGUUUUAAAAUUGACGUUACAAAAAGUUUCCAAAAUGCAUUGUUUUUAUUUUGAAAUACAUUUCUCGUGAAUAAUGAAUACAAAAUAACCAAAAUGGGUAUCCAAACCACUGUCUGUUUGAUAGCCCCGUGCUACUUUGGCCCUUUAAGUAAUAAUCGAUAUCAUGAAAGAAUAAAGCUGUACUAUUUCUGCUAUUUAAAAUUUCGAGUUUAAGUUGUUCAAAGUGGUAUUGAGGGUCAAUACUCCCUCACAGCUGUGCCAAUUCUUUUUGGCACCAAGCCCAAUUUAAAGCCUUAGAAGACUCCUGUGCACCUGUGUUGCAGUUUGAGUCUGGUAUAUUAUGUGUUGUGUUGAGUUUUGAAAAUUUCAAGAUUAUUCUUACUUAUUUACUGUUA